UGAAUGACAUUUGGUACUUAAGCUGUUAACUUUAGAUUUACCAUUAGUAAAGUACCAAGUAGUAGUAGAUCUUCGUUUGUUCAAACUUUCUUAGAGAAAAAAAAACAAAGUAAUCUUUUGUCUUACUCCAUUAAUCACCAUGACCAAGAAGAUCUAGGUCUGCAUCUCUCCAUCUCUCUCUCUUCUCGCGCGACUCAGCUCUCGCAUACGUCACAUUUCGUACUUCCGGAUGGAGCGGGCACGCACGGAAAGCCCCAGCUACUUCCGUCAAUGGAGCGGCGAGUCAGGCACCACCAAUGCCACCGUCGCUCCUUCUUCUCCGGCGCGUCACCACCACGCUCGAUCGUCUUCCGUCACUGGGAUGUCUAACGUCAAGCGAGCCCAGAACGUCGCCGCCAAAGCCGCAGCUCAGAGGCUCGCCAAGGUCAUGGCUUCACAGACCACAGACGACGACGACGAAGACGAUGACGAUGUCGGUGGCGAUGAUCUAGGUUUCCGCUAUGGCGCUCCUCCUCCUCCUCUCUCCUUCACGAGACAUAAUGCUUCUUCCGCAGCUAAUCCGCUUGCUGCUAGACCUAAACCUGCUGCUUCUGCUGUUCUUCCUCCUCCCAAGAUCGGCAGAUCUUCCUCCCCUGCGUUGUCUCGAAACUCUCCGGCCGUCUCUGUUCGAGCAUCACAACCACCACCUGUUCCGCCGAGCAAACUGUCUCAAAGGAAUCAAACUCCUGGUGGGACUCCUAAGAAUCAGCAGACUGAAAAGAGGGCUAUACCUGAUAUUGGGCAUCUUAAUGGAAAAGAUUCGAAAGAUCAGCAUGAAGCAUCCGCACUUCGCGAUGAGCUUGAUAUGCUGCAAGAGGAGAAUGAGAGGAUUCUUGAAAAGCUUAGGCUUGAGGAUGAGAAAUGCAAAGAAGCAGAGGCCAGGGUGAGAGAGCUUGAAAAACAGGUAACUUCCCUGGGAGAAGGUGUAUCCUUGGAAGCUAAACUUCUGAGCCGAAAAGAAGCUGCUUUGCGUCAAAGAGAGGCGGCCCUUAAAGAUGCAAAACAGAAUAGAGAAGGGACUAAUAAGGAGACUACUGCUCUUCGGUCUCAAGUAGAGAAUGCAAAACAAGAGACUGCUGCUGUACUAGCACAGCUUCAAGGAGCAGAAUCUGAAGUCAACGCUCUAAGAACAAUGACUCACAGAAUGAUAUUGACCCAAAAAGAGAUGGAGGAAGUUGUUCUUAAGCGGUGCUGGCUAGCUCGGUACUGGGGCUUAGCUGCCAGAUAUGGCAUAUGUUCGGAUAUCGCUACAUCCAAGUACGAAUACUGGUCAUCUCUAGCACCGCUUCCUUUUGAAAUUGUGCUAUCAGCUGGGCAGAAGGCUAAGGAAGAAAGUUGGGAAAAAGGCAAGCAAUCACUCAAUUCUGAGGAGAACGAGAAGAGAAGCCAACUCGUUCAGGAUAUAAAUGAUCUAACAGGCGAGGGAAAUAUUGAAAGUAUGCUCUCUGUGGAAAUGGGUCUAAAGGAGCUAACAUCUUUAAAGGUUGAAGUUGCGAUUACUAUUACAUUAGCCCAGCUAAGGUUGGCCAAUACAUUUCGACUAUCUGAUCCCGAGUUAAAAUCACCAGGCGGUCCUAAGUCAAUGGAGGCACUUGAACUGAGCCCAGAAGAGUCAGAAGAUGUUCUCUUCAAGGAGGCUUGGCUCACAUACUUCUGGAGAAGAGCCCUGUCCCUUGGCAUAGAAGUGGACAUUGCGCGAGAACGUCUUCGAUUCUGGAUCAGCAGGAGUGCACACUCCCCAUCUUCACAUGACGCCAUGGAAGUUGAGCAAGGGCUAACAGAGCUAAGAAAGCUGCGGAUAGAACGUAGAUUGUGGGAAGCCUCCAGGUCCAACCAGUAAGUCAUGACCUUAGGACCUCGGGAUUCCAGAGCAGUCAUGUUACCACAGCUUUAACAGUAUUGUAUAUCGUAUGGCUUUCUUCCUUUGUGUUUCGAGUACUUUGCAGUCAGGAAAAUGUUGAUCCAGUUUUGUAAACUAAUGAGUUGCAUUAUACGCACUACUUUUGACAUAUAAUAUAUCCACGUUUGCACACUCUUUACCUUCAAUUUGCAUACUCAGUCUUGUUUGGAUUAAUAUCCAAUUUAAAGUAUGUACAGUCCUGAUAAUACUGACACAGACACUAAAGAUCACCAUUCACCAGUAAUCCUUGCAAGAGCACUUCCCCUCCUUGAAAUGGUGAAACCUUCUAGAAUCUCGGAUGACGAUUUCACGUCCUGUAACCAAAGACACAUGCUUUGCAAACUCAUGGCAAUCUGGGCAUGCCCGGAGAUUCUUGAACACCUUUAUAGGUGCACCUGCAUUAAAACCAUCAAACUCCUUAAGCUUCUCGUAGAUCUCCUGAGUUUGCGGAUGGUGUUUAUCACCCACUAUGAACCGAUGAAUCUUACCCUUUUCUCUGAUCCAGCUGCAGCUCAGUUCCUUCUUUAACAUCCUCUUGUUCAUCAGUUUCAUCAUUUCAGCAGCUUCUUCCCAUUUUCCAGCCAUGGUGUACAGAUUAAACGGCAGAACAUACCCAGCUGUAUCUUCUGGAUCAAGCUGGCGAAGUUCCUCACCAGCAAUCUCACCCAAUUCAAGAUUCUUAUGAGUCCAACACCCACUUAGAAAGCACUUCCAGCUCAUUGCAUCAGGUUGAAAAGGCAUACUCUUCAUAAAGUCGAGAGCUUCGUCUAAUUGUCCCGCACGGGAAUAAAUGUCGAUCAUACAGUCAUAAUGGUCAAUAGUCGGAGCCACGUUGUACUUCCGAAGCAUCGUGUCCAAGUAAUGCUUGCCCUGUGCAACAAGGCCUGCGUGACUGCAGGCGGUUAAAACCGCAAUGAAUGUAACCGAGUUUGGCUUCAUACCACAACUCACCAUUUUCUCAAACAAUCUCAGAGCUUCAGAGGCAUUUCCAUAGUAGGCAUGACCAGAUAUAAAAGCCGUCCAAGCAACAAUAUCGGGGUUGUCCAUUGACUCAAAGACUUCGUUGGCGUCAUCUAAGCAUCCGCAUUUUGAAUACAUCGUAAUGAGAGCACUUUCUCCAUACUGAGAUCCAACCAGACUCCUUUUUAUAGCAUCUGCGUGGACUUGACCACCAAUGUUGCAAUCCGCAAGUACGGAACAUGCUUGGAAAAUGGUAGUAUAUGUGAAAGAAUUCAGAACCGCUGCAUUUGUGCUUCUCAAAGACUUGAAGGUUCUAACAGCUUCAUCAAACUGACUCAUUUGGCAGUAUCCAGAAAUGAUUGCGCUCCAGGAAACAUCGUUUGGUUCACGGAUUUUCUCGAAAGCACGACAAGCAGAGUCGAAGCUCGAGCAUUUGAUGUAAAAAUCAACGAGCGGAGUUCCAACCGAGACUUCGGAUUCAAGUCCAAGCUUAGCGACGCAGGCAUGGAUCUGCUUGCCAAGAGUAAGCUCUUCAAGGGAAGAGCACGCUUUAAGAACAACCGAGAACACAAAGCUGUCCCAUUCGACACCUUCCGUUAACAAAUCAACAAACAGUUUCAGAGCAUCUCUAGCUCUUCCAGCUUGAUUAUAACCUAACAUCAAUCCCGUCCAAGCCACCGGUUUCUUCACAGCCAUCUGAUCGAACACUAGCUUAGCACCAACUAACCAACCACAUUUCACAUACAUGUUCAAGAUCCCAGUCUCUAUAGACGCGUUGCCACACAGCCCAGCGCGUAUAACAUGAGCAUGAACCUGUCUACCAAUGCCUAAAGCACUAGGAUUCACCAAAGAUUUCAGUAGUGUGGUAUACAGAGAAGAACUAGGCUUGUCUCCUGACUCAAGCAUCCUCGAGAACAAACCAACAGCUUUAUCCAAAAGCCCUUGUUCGGCGUAAGCAGAUAUCAUCGUCACGCGAGAGACAGUGUUCGACUCAGGCAUUUCAUCGAACAGUUUGUCUGCAUCGUCUAAGCUCCCGCACUCGCAGUACAUCUGAAGCACACAGUUCUGAAGAGUCACAGACGGAUUCUCGAAAGCCGUGCGCAUGCGACGGUGAAGGAGUCUCCCAUGAGACAAAGACCUCAGCUCUCUGCAAGCUUCGAAGAGACACUGGUAAGUAUACGGGCUGACGGAGACGCCAGCCUUAUCCAUUUCUUGGAAGAACUCAAAUGCUUCGUUGAGCUUCCCAUGCUUCGACAAAGAAACCAAAUGAAGAUUCUCGACUUGCCCUUGCUUAUGCUCGAUCUUAACGGAAGAAGAAGUGCUCUGUUUCAGAGAAACCCACGACGGGAUUUGAUCGAAAUUCGCGUGCUUUAUAACCGGAAUUCGAGAAGGCGUAUACGAGGACUGUACAGUGAGGAUCGUCAUGGUUGAGUUGAUGAUAAAUUCUACAAAUAAAAAAUUACAACUUUUUGGGAGCAAAUGAAAGAGAAAAGCUCUGUUUUUUUAUUACAGGCUUAUAUAGUUCAACAAACAACAACCUGCGGGUCAAAAUCAAAUCAUU